GCGCGGGCCCCGCGCCUGCCGCCGCCGCCGCGCCAUGGCGGAGACCAAGAUCAUCUAUCACAUGGACGAGGAGGAGACGCCGUACCUGGUCAAGCUGCCCGUGGCGCCCGAACGCGUCACGCUGGCCGACUUCAAGAACGUGCUCAGCAACCGGCCGGUGCACGCCUACAAAUUCUUCUUCAAGUCCAUGGACCAGGACUUCGGGGUGGUGAAGGAGGAGAUCUCUGCCGACAAUGCCAGGCUGCCCUGCUUCAACGGCCGCGUGGUCUCCUGGCUGGUCCUGGCCGAGGGCGCCCACUCGGAUGCAGGGUCUCAGGCCACUGACGGACACACGGACCUGCCCCCGCCUCUGGAGCGGAUGGGCGGCAUCGGGGACUCCCGGCCCCCCUCUUUCCACCCAAAUGUGUCCAGCAGCCGUGACGGGAUGGACAAUGAGACCGGCACCGAGUCCAUGGUCAGCCACAGGCGGGAGCGAGCCCGACGCCGGAACCGUGAGGAGGCUGUCCGGACCAACGGGCACCCGAGGGGGGACCGGCGGCGGGACCUGGGGCUGCCCCCCGACAGUGCGUCCACUGUGCUGAGCAGUGAACUCGAGUCCAGUAGCUUCAUCGACUCAGACGAGGACGGCAGCACCAGCCGGCUGAGCAGCUCCACGGAGCAGAGCACGUCCUCCCGGCUCAUCCGGAAGCACAAGCGGCGGCGGCGGAAGCAGCGCUUGCGGCAGACGGACCGUGCCUCCUCCUUCAGCAGCAUCACGGACUCUACCAUGUCCCUGAACAUCAUCACUGUCACGCUCAACAUGGAGAGGCACCACUUCCUGGGCAUCAGCAUCGUGGGCCAGAGCAACGACCGGGGUGACGGUGGCAUCUACAUCGGCUCCAUCAUGAAGGGCGGGGCCGUGGCUGCGGACGGCCGGAUCGAGCCGGGCGACAUGCUGCUGCAGGUGAACGACGUCAACUUUGAGAACAUGAGCAAUGAUGACGCUGUGCGGGUGCUGCGGGAGAUCGUGUCGCAGACGGGGCCCAUCAGCCUCACAGUGGCCAAGUGCUGGGACCCAACUCCCCGGAGCUACUUCACCAUCCCGAGGGCUGACCCGGUGCGGCCCAUCGACCCGGCCGCCUGGCUGUCCCACACGGCGGCGCUGGCCGGAGCCCGGCCCCUGUACGGUACGAGCCCCUGCUCCAGCGCGGUCACACGCACCAGCUCCUCCUCACUGACCAGCUCUGUGCCCGGCGUGCCACAGCUGGAGGAGGGGCCGCUGACAGUGAAGAGUGACAUGGGGGCCGUGGUCCGGGUCAUGCAGCUGCCAGACUCCGGCCUGGAGAUCCGCGACCGAAUGUGGCUCAAGAUCACCAUCGCCAACGCUGUCAUCGGGGCGGACGUGGUGGACUGGCUGUACACGCACGUGGAAGGCUUCAAGGAGCGGAGGGAGGCACGCAAGUACGCCAGCAGCAUGCUGAAGCACGGGUUCCUGAGGCACACAGUCAACAAGGUCACCUUCUCUGAGCAGUGCUACUACGUCUUCGGGGACCUGUGCAGCAGUCUCGCCGCCCUGACCCUCCACAGCGGCUCCAGUGGGGCCUCGGAUCAGGACAUGCUGGCCCCACUGCCCCACCCGGCUGCCCCCUGGCCCCUGGGCCAGGGCUACCCCUACCAGUACCCGGGGCCCCCGCCCUGCUUCCCGCCCGCGUACCAGGACCCCGGCUUCAGCUACGGCAGCGGCAGUGCUGGGAGUCAGCAAAGCGAAGGAAGCAAAAGCAGCGGGUCCACCCGGAGUGCGGGCGGGAGCAGCCGGCGGGCCCUGGGCCGAGAGAAGGAGCAUCGGGGGGCUGGAGCUGGAGGCAGUGGCAGCGAGUCAGACCACACGGCCGCAAGUGGAGUCGGGGGCAGUGGCUGGCGGGAGCGUCCAGCGAGUCAGCUCAGUCGUGGCAGCAGCCCGCAUAGCCAGGCCUCGGCGGCCCCGGGGCUCCCCCCACUGCAUCCCUUGACGAAGGCGUACUCAGUGGUGGGCGGGCCACCUGGGGGGCCUCCCGUCCGGGAGCUGGCCGCUGUCCCCCCAGAGCUGACAGGCAGCCGCCAGUCCUUCCAGAAGGCCAUGGGGAAUCCCUGUGAAUUCUUCGUCGACAUCAUGUGACCGAGGAGCAUGCCUGCAGCCUGGCCUCACAGUGCCUGCAGCGGGGCACAGCCUCUGGAGCUGGUUCCGGCCUGCCUUGGUGGUGGCUGACCUGAGCAGGCCAGCCUGUGCUUCCAUGUGCACAAGGAGUCAUGCCGUGGGGUCCAGGGAGGGACAGAGAGGGGGCAGGCUGGAGGAGAGGGGCUAGGGGUGGCCCUGGCCACCACGAUCCGGACCGGGCAGCCGUCGGCUCCUGGUCAGAGCCGUGUCCACGCAGGCCUGGUGGGCAUGUGUCUGUCUCUGCUUGGGCGGGUCUCACCUGCCCCCUGGGCGCACGCCUUAGGGCCCCCCCCAGUCAGCCACACUGCACAGGGCCCCAGGCCGAGCUGAGAGGCGGCCGCUGGGCCUGGCCCACUCCUCGCCCAGUUCUCAGGCCCCGCCCGCCUUGCCCAGGCUGGGGGCAUCCCGGGGGGUGGGACUGGAGCCUGCAGGCUCCACUGUGUCUCCACAGGAGGGGAUAAUUUAUUUAUUUAUUGCUUGGCCUGUGUCCUCUGGGGGAGGUGGCGGCUAAGCCAGCCCCCCCCCCAACACACACCCGGUUGGAGCAGAGUUUCAGUGUCCCCCCGCCACCGGGUCUCAGAGCAAAUGCAGGGACACAGGUGGUGUCUGAAAGUAUGUGGGAGGGUCGGCGAGAGGAAGAUGGCAGAGGGACGUGUUUCAGCCGGCAGGAGGAGGGGGGCGCGGCCCGGAGGGGCACGGGCGCAGAUGCAGACAGCUGCUGCAGGGCAAGGUCCGGCGGGGAGGGGUGGCCAGCCUGCCCUCGCGUGCUGUUCUCAGGUGACCACACGCCCACACACGCCACUUCCUUCCCAGUGUCUCUGGCCUGCACGUGUCUGCACUGUAGAUACUGUAUCAAGUCAGAGCUUCAUCUGGAUAGUUGAUAGAGCUGCUUCUGUGUAAAUGCUAUUUUAAACACUAAAAAGCAUUUAAUUUAA